GUUUGGUUGAUUGGUUGUGACAGACACCGAGUCUCAGUCAAUUGUUUAUCAGUACUUGUUGGCAUUUUUAUAUUUGUUGUGUGCCAAUGAAAAAAAAUAUAUAUCGUCAAAAACGCAUCACACACAUACAGCCUACACGCAACGCCAGUAGAUUAAACAAUAUCGCACAAAAAACAUCUGCUAUCCGCUCAAACAAUCUUCAAUUUCAUCUGCUCUAUACGAAUUUCGAUCGCAGUGUUUCACAUUUUCUUUCUUCUCUUGUCUUACAAUAUGUUUGCUUAGCGGAGUUGAAUUUGUUUCAACAACAAGCUGUUCUGUGCAUUUUAUUCUUGAUAUUCAUCUUUUCAACAUGUAAACGUAGCCAAACGAUUGGCACGAUACCAUUUGACGAAUUUAAAUUAGUUCAACAAAGUAAAUAUUUAUUAGAUAAUUAUUAGCAAAGAUAUAACAAGAAGCUAUGCCGAAAGACAUCAGUGAAUGUGAAUAGAAGGCCUAGAAAUUCAAUUCUCAACUACAUCACACACAAACAACGCACACACACAUUCCAGGCACAAUAUGGACGAAAAACUGAAAUAUUCCUUGCUGCGUGACCCUAACGAUGACAUCAGCAUUUGGACAAGACAUGAAAAACGGGUCUGGUUUAUGACAUUGUUGAUGGGAACAUGCAUGGUGUAUGCGACACGAACAUCAAUGCCUUUGCUGCUUCCUGCCGUCGCCAACGAGUUCAGAUGGAGCAAAACCGAGUCAGGCACCGUGUUGAGCUCAUUCUUUUGGGGCUACACCAUCACUCAGGUAUUAGGCGGAUAUUUCAGCGAUCGUAUGGGUGGUCAACGUGUGAUAUUUGUAUCGGCAAUCGGUUGGUCGUUAAUUACAUUUUGGAUGCCAGAGCUGCUAGUACUAACACCUCAGAAAUCGUAUUACACCAUUCCGUUUAUAGUGUCCAUUAGGAUAUUGAAUGGCGCUUUUCAAGGCGUUCAUUUUCCAAGCAUGAUUAGCAUCACUAGUCAGUAUUUAAGUUCGAGUGAGCGUUCUAGUUUUUUCAGCAUGCUAACAUCUGGUUCAGCACUUGGAACACUUUUGACCGGAAUCCUUGGGUCAUUCAUUUUAGACUAUUUUGGUUGGCAAAUGGCCUUUCGGAUUAUCGGGUUUUUAGGUAUUUUAUGGGCGCUCAUUAUGAGAUUUUAUACAAUGUCAUCUGAUCGAAAUCGAAUAAUAAAUCUGUCCAUGCCGAAUCGUCUGUGCACAACAAAUGUCGGAGCCAUUGACUCGGUGCCCUGGCUACUGCUGUUUCGAAGAGCUGCUUUUUGGGCAAUGGUCAUUGCUCACGCUUGUCAAAACAACUGCUUCUUUGUACUUCUAUCGUGGCUACCAACGUAUUUUCACGAAGGAUUCCCACAUGCAAAGGGUUGGGUCGUGAAUAUGGUACCUUGGUUAGCGCUACCACCAUGCACAUUCCUAGGCAAAUACAUAACCGAUAAAUUGAUUGCGCGCGAUUGGCCAGUCACGAGAGUGCGGAAAAUUGUACAAAGUUGCUGUUUCAUGGGCCAAAAUAUUGCUCUCCUUGUAAUGUGCCGAACGAAGAAUUUUCACACUGCACUGACAUGCAUGACUAUCGUGAUCGGCGGAACGGGUUUUCAUAAUAGUGCUGUGAUUGUGACACCACAAGAUAUUGCACCAGCCCAUUCGGGCAGUGUAUUUGGAUUGAUGAACACGUUCGGCGCAAUUCCAGGUUUCCUCGGUGUUUAUUUGGCUGGUCAUAUUCUGGAGUUGACGCAAAGUUGGUCGGCCGUGUUCAGUACCGCAGCGCUCAUCAAUACCGUCGGAUGGUUUGUCUACAUUGUUUUCGGUUCAUCACAAAAAAUUGUAUAGGAAAUCACACUAGCAACAUUAUUCUUUGUUAACGACAACAACAAAAAAACGAUGUAUUCAAGUCGAAUAUCUCACCAUUUUUUAUGUUACGGACAUUUAUUUGACAAGAAUAACAAAAAUGUAGGAAAAAGAUUUUUAUUUAUAAAUAUUCAUAUUUUGUAUCUAAAUUUGUAGAUAGUUAAGCCAAACACAUUGUAAAAACGUGAAUAAAGCAAUUGCAAAGGACACAAUUCCAACGAAA